AUGCUUGUCUCAAUCACUGACAUCGCUCAUGAAUGGAACGCUAUCUGUAUGAACCCUACCGCCGAGACGCGUAGAUGCAUCAAUACAUUGCUACAGUUCCUCAUUGAGAACAAUUGCUACACUAUAACACUUAACGAUAAUUACAGUAUCAAUGAAACAGUGCAGGUGUUGAUUCAUGAAGAUGAUGUAGAGUCCUUGAUCAGCGAUAGACGCAUUCAAGCUAUACUGAUGGAGAACGGCAUCUUUGUCGCUGAUGAGAUGUUGGCAUUAUCAAACUACAAUAUCUGUGUUCUGUUCAUAGUAGAGAACGAUCCAUUCCGCUAUGUCAGAGACACUCGAUUCGGCUUAUUAAAGUUCUCUAGCAAUGGAAUCUUUGACUACAGUCGGAUAUCGAAACAGACAUGGCCGCAUCAUGAGACUAUGGCUAUGGCUUUGUAUCACCCACGUCGCAUUGAGAAGUGGAUCCAACAAGGCAAAGACCUAGAAGAGUAUCUUAACUAA